AGGACUUUAGCUUUCAAACAACAAAGGAAAUGGGUGACUACAAGUAUAUCAGCUAAAGAGCAACUUUUUAAACAAACAGGAAUAAACAAAUCCCUUUUUUUUUCUCACUUUUUAACAGGAUGGUACUGGGGCAACAUGACUGUUGCUGAAGCCAAAGAGAGAUUACAGGAUGCCCCCGAAGGAACCUUUUUGGUUAGGGAUAGUUCACAUUCAGAGUAUCUACUGACUAUUUCAGUAAAAACAUCAGCGGGACCGACCAAUCUACGUAUAGAAUAUCAAGAUGGCAAGUUUAGACUGGAUUCUAUCACUUGUGUCAGAUCUAGACUUAAACAGUUCAACAGCGUUGUGCAUUUGAUUGAGUACUAUGUUCUUAUGUGCAAGGACAGAACUGAAACACCUUCAAAUGGAACAGUUCAUCUUUACUUGAACAAACCCCUCUAUACGUCCGCUCCGUCUCUGCAACACCGCUGCAGAAUAGCUAUAAACAAGAGUACAAAUCAGAUCUGGGAGCUGCCAUUACCAACAAGACUAAAAGAGUACUUGAAAGAGUAUCAAUACCAGGUAUAAAUAUAUUUUCUAAAUGCCUCUAACAUAGAGUAACUUUUGAAUGCAAUUCUUAAAAUCAGCCAAAGAACUGAGUAACUACUUGUACAACUCCACAUGGAAUUCACUAUCAAAACAGUGGCAGUUCUGGGGAAAAGGUUUUUAUUUCAGAUGCCACAAAGGGAGACUUUAUGUAGGAUAAUCCCAACUUGCAUCCUUGAGGGUUCAACAAGGUGGCAUGCUAUUCUUGCAAGGAGAGAGAAGUCAGGAAUCUAUCCAGAUUGUGUUGCUUUGUCAAUGGCAUAAAAUGCUGCACUAACUAUCCAAUGCUUACUGAAGCAGUGGGACUGGGAGAGACUGCAGAAGUGGUCAGAGACGUAUGAGAGUUCACAAGUAUCUCACUUGUCUGAUUCCAAGAUUAAUUUGGUGCUGGUGUUCAUAUAAUCCUAAAAGCUUAACUAGAUCACACUGUGAUAAUCUUGCUGAAGUUAUGCAACUAAUCAAAUCCAGUCAGAAAAUGAUCAUGUAUUCAGUUUUAUUGAACUAUUCUCUUGCUUUUCUGCAAGCAAAGGAUACUGUAAGUAAUCAGUUUAAAACAUUGUUUUUCAAAGUUCUCUAAAGGCUGACCUUAAGAAGAAAUGCCACAUCUUUCACAGGAACCCAGUAUGUUGCUGAUUAUACCAGAUUGGUAUCCCAGAAUCCUUAACAUGUUAACAUCUUCACAGUGGUGAUAUAUCCAUGUUAUUACUAUUAAGCCUUUUUUGGUUGAGGCUUUAAGACUGUAGGCUGCAGACUUGCAGUUGCUCAGUUCCAAUGUCAAAACAUGGAUAUCAGCAGUUACAGCUGUCUUUCUACAGUGUAGAAUGUUUUCUUCAGCUUGUUUCCCAAAAUAUGGGGAAAUAGGAUUUGGGUUUUGUUUGUUUGUUUUGUUUGUUUGUUUGUUUGUUUGUUUUGAGGUGGUUGGGUUUCUUCUUUCCUUUUUUUUUUUACUUCUAAUUCACCAUUGUAGCUAUCAGACUAUUACUCAAUAAAGUAAAUCAAAUUGCA